CACACGCUCGCUCUUUCGCUCUGUGUCUCUGUGCGUUCGCUGACAGGGGGAGUCAUUUAAACACCCGGGAGGAGCAGAGGCAGCAGCUGCAGCACGUCUCUUAGUUGACAGUGAGCGCUCCUGCUCCUCGGCACUCUGCCCUGUAGCCGAGCCCCCUGAUUCUGCUGCGCGCAUCGCGCCCCUGUCUCCGAAGCUGAAUGACGGGCGGACGGUUCGACUUCGACGAUGGCGGCACCUACUGCGGCGGCUGGGAGGAUGGGAAAGCCCACGGGCACGGCAUCUGCACUGGACCCAAAGGCCAAGGCGAGUACUCGGGCUCCUGGUCGCACGGCUUCGAGGUGGUCGGGGUGUACACCUGGCCGAGCGGGAAUAUGUACCAAGGCUACUGGGCACAGGGCAAGAGGCACGGACUAGGUGUGGAGACGAAGGGCAAGUGGAUGUACCGAGGAGAAUGGAGCCAUGGAUUCAAGGGUCGCUACGGGGUCCGGCAGAGCCUUAACACCCCAGCAAGAUACGAGGGCACCUGGAGCAACGGGCUGCAGGACGGCUACGGCGUGGAAACCUACGGAGACGGAGGUACGUACCAGGGCCAGUGGAUGGGAGGAAUGAGACAUGGUUAUGGAGUACGACAGAGUGUGCCUUAUGGAAUGGCGACUGUAAUUCGUUCUCCGCUUCGCACAUCCUUAGCAUCACUUCGCAGUGAGCAAAGCAAUGGCACUGUUCUGCAUGACAUCACAACAGACAGUCCGGCUGGAACUAGAGGAGGUUUUGUCCUUAAUUUUCACAGUGACAGUGAAGUCAUGACUGGUAAGAAAAAGGGCCUGUUUAGAAGAGGGUCUCUCCUUGGUAAUCUCAAGCUCCGCAAAUCGGAAUCUAGAACAUCCAUAUCAAGUAAACGAAGCUCUGCUCGGAGUGACGCCACUAUGAGCCGCAUUAGCUCCAGUGAUGCCAACUCCACAAUUAGCUUUGGGGAUGGAGAUUUACCAGAUGAGUAUUAUCCUAUGGAAGACCAUGUUGAUGCCACAACAACUGAAUCAUAUAUGGGAGAGUGGAAGAAUGACAAACGUAGUGGGUUUGGUGUCAGUGAGCGCUCCAAUGGAAUGAAGUACGAGGGAGAAUGGUUGAACAACAAAAGGCAUGGAUAUGGAUGCACAAUAUUUCCGGAUGGUACAAAGGAAGAAGGAAAAUAUAAAAAUAAUGUUUUAGUGCGAGGAAUUAGGAAGCAACUAAUACCCCUUAAAAACACAAAAACUAAAGAAAAAGUGGAUAGAGCUGUUGAGGGAGCCCAGAGAGCUGCAGCUAUUGCAAGAACAAAAGUGGAAAUAGCUGCCUCCAGAACUGCACAUGCAAGGGCGAAGGGAGACGCUGCAGACCAGGCUGGGCAGGCUGCCUGCCAGGAAUCUGAUAUUGCAAGAGCUGUUGCCAGGGAACUUUCGCCAAGCUUCCAUCAGCCAGGGCCUGAUUAUCUUAAGCAGAGAUUCAAUGAACCAAUGGAAAUUAAAGAGAUGCAAGAAGAGAAGAAAAAGGAAAACCCUACGCCAUCACCAUCAGACAGUCCCCAUUUCUACCGGAAAGGAACAACUCCUCCUCGAACACCCAACGAAAGCCCAGUCCCCACUCCACCCGCAUCACCUCAAAAGAAGCAGCAGCAACAACAACCACCACCGCAGAACAACAACACAUCAGUGGUGAAACAGGUUAAAGAGGAGAAACCACCACAAACAGAAAACGUAGCUGUAAUUGCCCCCAAACCAACUCCAAAGCCCUCAGUCAGACAGGAAGCACCACCUAAACCCAGCAAAAAAGCAGAGCAUGCCCAUAAUCCUGCCACAUCUGAAAAUGGACAGCUUCACUCUCAGUAUCAUAGCUACUAUAUUAAGACUGAUGUAAAGCUGCCUCCUGAAGAGCCAGAUGAUGCAGAGUAUAAUGUACCCCAGGUAUCUCUUGCCAGGAUGCCACCUCCUCCCAAACAAACUCGAGUACCACCUGCCAAAUCUGUCAAGGCAAAGCCUGUCACCAAAGAAAGCAAACCUGAGCCAAAAGUCAAGAGAACAGAGUCCACCAAACCAAAGACUCUAGCAGAAACCAAGAAGGCCAGCAUUGAGGAAGUCAGUGAAGUAACAGAGGCUGAAUCGGGCCCCAACUCCAUUUUGGUCGCCCUUGUUAUGCUGUUAAAUAUCGGUUUAGCAAUUCUUUUUGUUCAUUUUCUUACUUGAUGGCACAUGAACUCAGUGAAGUCAUGAAAACUAGUGGCGUUAGCCCCUAAUUCUCUGCAGUUGUGUCAUCGGCCUUUAAAAAUGGCACCACUCAUACUCAGACACAGGCAAAGGAGGACUGGACUAAGAGUGAAACACAAGAGAAAGAAGAGACAUGGAACAUUCAGUCAAGGGUUGUUGAGUUCCCUGGCAAUGAUUUGUGGCUCUGUGGGUCCUCUGAAAACUGAAGCGAGCAGCCAUGUCGGGCAAACAAAAAAAAAUCUGCUGACCCCCGCCUAACCACUGAAGUGCAUGGCUCCUCCAUCUGUUCUGGCAGAGUGUGACUCAACUGGAAAUGUACGGAGAUGCACUUUUAGUUGAUGGAAGCUAACAGCUGCACUACUAUUUUACUAUCUGACGUUUUAGUGGGGAGAUUUGAAAAUGGCUGCCAGAGGAAUGUGUUCAGAGGACUGCGCUGCUGUGGAAGCGUUUUCCAGUGUUAGCAGCGUCACUCACCAGUCUUAUUCCGUUACCUGCUGCUUCUCCUAACAUCUCCUACAUUGUUUUAGGGGAUUCAAACCAAUGUGCUGGUUGUGCAUGACACUGUUUCUUCAUUGAUUUCUGUUUGUUUUGUUUCUUUUUUUUUUUUUUCUUUUUUUCUCAAUCAUAAAAUUUUGAAAUUUUUGUUUGAUGUGUAAGCAGUGGAUGCUACAUAGAAGUGUUCUUUUUUUUUCCUGGAUGAUGAACGAAUAUAAAUAAAAUUUGACUAUGGUGCAAUAACAAUUUUAUUAGUAAGAUAAGUGUUUUAUCCUCUGUGUUCAUUUUAAAUGUUAGCGUGAUCAGCAGGUACCACGUCAACAGUUUAGUCUAGAAGAGAAGCUAGGAAACUGAGAAGAGGUCACUUGUGUGGUUUGCUUGUUUUGAGGUGUUUACUUUUACAGUAGCUAGAGAAGCUGGAUUUAUUAGAAAGUGAUUAGGGAUAUUUAUAUUUAUUUGUUUUAAAGCAAAAAAAAAAAAAAAAUCAUAAACACAAGCGCUGUUAUGAACUACUGACAAUCAUUUCUGCAUCAGCCGUUGCACCUUCGAUCGUUAACGGAAAAGCAGAUAGUGAAAGAAAUCUCCCGCCUGACUUGGACCUUUUGCGCCAGUGAAACCCCCUGACAUUUACAUAUUUGUGUGCCGCUAAGGCUGGACUUCAGACCCGCUGAAGCGAUGUGACGUCACCGAUUCUGGUGUUGAUUACAUUCAGGUUGAGCCUUUAGAUCCGCCAGAGCGAAAUCCACAACGGAUGCCUUUAACACCUUUUAACAGUUUUACAGUUUACCUCAGCCAAAACAAAAUUUGACAAAGACUCGCAAAAAAAAUGUCAGUGUGUUUGUCUUAAUCCUGGAGUUUAUUCUAAAUUAUUCGUAAACGUUAUUUUAACUGUGCUUACCAUUUUAUUUUUUGUCGAAUGUUAAGCAUGCUUAUUUUAUUUUAUUUAUUUUGUAUGUCAUGUGUACGUGUGUGUAAGUGCAUCUACACAUGUACUUAUGUUGUAUAUGAUAUACAUACAUGCAGACCUGCACACACGCACGCACACGCACUCAUAUAUGUGGUACACACACACGCACACAUCACUAAUAGCUGAACUAUUUACUCACAGAGAAAGGGCUUGCAAAUGGGGAUUCUGUUUGCAACAGAAUUUUCUGUUCUGUGGUGUAACUAACCUUUGGAUAGUUUGCAUGAUUUAUUAUCAAAGUAUAUUUUUUUAGAAUGCACUAAAAUACUGCAAGCUUAAGGAGCCUGGGGCGAUCCUUAGCAACCGUCUUCUGAAAUCUCUUGAUUUCAGAGCAGUAACACAAUGGUAUUUUUUGCAGAAAUAUUGUUGCAAAUCCUAUGUGUGACCCUGUAUGGAAUGAAGAGGAAAAGCGAGAAAAAAAAACGUGGCCACUUAAAUGGUUUAACUUUAAUUGGGCUACAGAUCUCUAGAAAACGGUAAUCUGUGCAAAGUGUAAGAAACAUUGCUGUGUUUGAAGGGGAAAGGAAAGAUUCAAAUGUUUAUCCCUUUUCUUUACAAUUCUUAAUCAACAGAGAUUUAUGUUUCCUUUGGAGUAAUAAAGAGCUUUUUAAGGUUUAAAAAGAGACAACCAUGGAAUGUUUUUAAAAAACUACAUUAAGCAUGUUAGCAUCAUUUCUAUAUAGAUUAUAUAUUGUUUGUAAGAAUUUUUACAGAGCACAAUCCAGAAUCUGUUGGUAUUUUUCUAAAUGCUGCACAACUGUAUUUUAAAAUUUAAAAGAAACUGUUUGUAAUUGGUUAAUGUAAUAUAUACAUUUUGGACAGCAUUCAGCUGCCGAAAAACUUACUAAAAUAAUGCCUGUUUGAAAAAAAACAAAAAAACUGCCGAUUACUAUGUUUACUGAUGGAACAGGGCUCAGCUGUAUGAGUUCUUCUAUUUAUAACCCCUCUAAGCAAAUGUUUUUGUCUGUACAGUUUUAUGAGCUGUAUUUAAAGAAAUAAAAAGGGUCUUUUCUUGUGA